AUGCAGAAACAGCAGCAGCAGAACUCUUCCGCUUCCGCUUCCGGCAGGCUGGGAAAUGAGUUCAAGAUUUGCCUUUUGGGAGAAACCUGCGUCGGCAAGUCCUCCAUUGUGCAACGCUUCGUCCACAACACCUUCAAUUCAGGCAAUGAAACCAUUGGAGCUUCCUUCAUGACCAAAACACUGUACCUCGGUGGAUCUAGCUUGAAACUGAACAUCUGGGACACGGCAGGUCAAGAACGGUACAAAGCCCUGACGCCAAUGUACUACCGCGGAGCCAACAUCUGCAUUGUGGUUUACGAUGUGACAUGUUCCAACUCCUUUAAAGCGGUUCAAAAUUGGAUCAAGGAGCUGAGGACGUACCUCAGCGAGCAGUACCUGAUUGCAAUUGUAAUUAUUGGAAUUACUGACUGA